CUGUGGUUAUAAAUUAAUAAUUCCUGAUGCAUCAUUAUUAUUAUUUUAUUAACUUUCUUUCCAACAUCAUUUUGCAGCCACACUCUCACUAUUUAAACUCAAGCUUUUUAUGAACAAACCAGUGAUUCUCUCUUUCAAAUUCCCUCCUUAAACUUCUAUUCCAUUUGUGAUCAUUUCAAGUUUCAUGAACUUCUCUUGCUUGUUCUUGCCUUUAUGUUCAACAUGGAACCUACCUUCUUCCCAAGUUAUGACACUGAAACUUUGGAAUUUGUAAUCUGAUACUUUGAUUCCAAAUUUAUCUUUUUCAUGCAUUUCGAAAUGGGUUGCAUUCAAAUGUUUCAUUUCGUCCUGUUUUUUAUCACAUUUAUUGCUGCUUUUGCUGUUACUCUUGGAGAUAACUCAACAGAUUCCUUCUGGCUUCUAAGAAUCAAACAAGAAGUAGUUGAUCCUAUGGGAGUUCUAGAGAACUGGUCUUCAAGAGCUCAUGUAUGCAGCUGGCAUGGAAUAACAUGCUCAGAUGAUGAAAAGCAUGUUGUAGGCUUGAAUCUAUCAGGCUCAGGACUAUCAGGUUUCAUCUCACGCGAGUUCUUACACUUGACUUCACUUCAAACACUAGAUUUAUCCUCAAAUUCACUCGCUGGCUUGAUUCCUUUUGAGCUUGGACAGCUUCAAAAUCUAAGGACAUUGCUUCUUUAUUCAAACUCUCUUUCUGGAAAGAUUCCUCCAGAGAUAUGUCUUUUGAAUAAGUUGCAAGUCCUUAGAAUUGGAGAUAACUUGUUAUGGGGUGAAAUUCCACGAAACAUUGGCAACUUGAUCGAGUUGAGAGUAUUAGGCCUUGCAUACUGCCACUUCAAUGGGAGCAUUCCUGUAGAGAUUGGGAAUUUGAAGCAUCUGACAUCUCUUGACCUGCAAAACAACUUACUCCGCGGCCCUAUUCCAGAAGCCAUUCAUGCCUGUGAAGAGCUUCAAAAUUUUGCAGCCUCAAACAAUAUGCUGGAAGGAGACAUCCCUUUUUCAAUGGGGUUGCUUAAAUCUCUACAAGUUCUUAACUUGGCCAACAACAACCUUUCCGGAUCAAUUCCUACAGAGUUAAGUCAUCUUUUUAAUUUGAGUUAUAUGAAUUUGCUUGGUAAUCGAUUGAAUGGGGAACUUCCUUCAGAGCUUAAUCAGUUGGUUCAGCUGGAGAUCCUCGACCUGUCGAAAAACAACCUCUCAGGGAACAUAAGCCUUCUCAAUACUCAAUUAAAGAAUCUUCAAGUUCUGGUUCUGUCUGAUAAUGCUUUGACAGGUAGCAUUCCAAUCAACUUCUGUCUCAAUAACUCAAAUUUGCAACAACUCAUUCUAGCUCGAAAUAGGCUCUCUGGUGAGUUCCCUUUGGAGCUAUUGCACUGUUCAUCACUCCAAUUAUUAGACCUUUCUGAUAACAGUUUUGAAGGAGAGAUACCACCAAGUCUGGCCACGCUGGAGAACCUGACAGAUCUUGCUCUCAAUAAUAACAGCUUUACAGGAAGUUUGGCUCCUGAAAUUGGAAACAUGAGUAAAUUGGAAAGCCUUUAUCUUUUUGAUAACAAGAUUACUGGUGGAAUUCCGGUGACAAUUGGCAAGUUACAGAGGUUGAGCUUUCUCUACCUUUACGACAACCAGAUGUCAGGAAGUAUUCCGAGAGAGUUAACAAACUGCUCUAGCUUAACCAUAGUGGACUUUUUUGGAAAUCAUUUUACAGGUUCCAUUCCUGAGACCAUGGGAAAGCUUAAAAAUCUUGUGCUUCUUCAACUGAGACAGAAUGACUUGUCAGGUCCUAUCCCGCCGAGCUUGGGCUACUGCAAAAGACUACAAUCCUUGGCCUUGGCUGAUAACAAACUCUCAGGAACAUUGCCGCCGACAUUCAGAUUUCUUUCAGAACUCAGCCUCAUUACUCUUUAUAACAACUCCUUUGAAGGUCCUCUUCCUGCAUCACUCUACCUACUCAAAAACCUCAAAAUCAUAAAUUUCUCUCACAACAGAUUUAGUGGCACCAUUUUGCCUCUCACUCGCUCAAAUUCUUUGACUGCGUUGGACUUAACAAACAACAGUUACUCAGGUCACAUUCCUUCUGAACUAGCCAUGUCAAGAAACCUAAAUCGUCUUCGACUCGCACACAAUCAUCUUACUGGUAGCAUUCCUUCUGAAUUUGGCCAACUCACGGAGCUCAAGUUUCUUGAUUUAUCAUUCAACAAUUUCAAAGGCAAACUAGAUCCUCAGCUCUCAAAGUGUAAAAAACUAGGACACCUCCUACUUAACAACAACCAACUUGGCGGCGAAAUGCCUGGUUGGCUAGGCAGCUUGCAAGAAAUUGGGGAGCUUGAUCUCUCCUCCAAUAAUUUCCAUGGAACAAUCCCAGCUGAAAUUGGAAAUUGUUCAAGAUUACUUAAGCUUUCUCUCCAUGGAAAUAACCUCUCCGGAAAGAUCCCACAACAGAUAGGUUAUCUCACUUCUCUUAAUGUCCUAGAUUUGCAAACAAACAACCUUUCAGGAAAAAUUCCUUCAACAAUUCAGCAGUGCAAGAAACUCUAUGAACUGAGGCUUUCGGAGAAUUUCUUAACUGGUUCAAUACCAUCUGAGCUAGGAAGCAUGACUGAACUACAAGUGAUCUUGGAUUUAAGUAAAAAUCUGUUCACUGGAGAAAUUCCAUUUUCUCUUGGAAAUCUGGAGAAGUUGGAGAGAUUGAACCUGUCUUCUAAUCAACUCCGAGGAGAAGUUCCAUCUUCACUAGGAAAGCUGACAAGCCUCCACGUAUUAAAUUUGUCAUAUAAUAAUCUCCACGGCCAACUUCCUUCAACCUUUUCAGGAUUCCCACUUAGUUCUUUCUUGGGGAAUAUGAAGCUCUGCGGCCCACCAUUAGUAUCAUGCUCAGAGUCAGCAGAACAAGGGAGAAGAAAACUAUCAAACUUUGAAGUUAUAGGUACUAUUGCAGCAAUUGUGUUUACUUCAACUGUGAUAUGCCUGAUUAUGCUUUAUAUCAUGCUCAGAAUGUGGUUAAAUUGGAGGAAAGUUUCCAUUUCAAAUUCGGAUGGGGGUGGUGGGAGUGAACAGAAGAAAGAAGAGAAACGGGUUUGUGGAGAUGAAAAAAGAAAAAAUGGUGAGUAUAAGAGAAUGAAGUCCAUGACAUUGGUUCCUUUACAAGAUGAACAAAUUUCUACAGCAUGCAUAUUCCAAUCCAACAUGGACAACAAAGAAAUGGAUGACAACUUAGUCUGACACUCAGAAGAUGUGGUCACUUCCAUUUUUCCUUUUAAUUUGUUGGGGUUUAUUGGGUCGUAAAAUUCUCUGUCUUUUAACAAAUCAAGUGUGUUUCAAAUGCAUUUAUACAAAAGAAUUGAGAGUGUACAUAUAUGUUACUUUAAAAACCUAAAAAUAGAUGAUUUCAUAAGAGUCGUCUGUUAUUUUCCAUUUCAAUUCUUCUUGUUGGCAGCCUCCUGUUUCAGUUAGAUUCAACAAGGCAAUACCAUU